AUGUCUGGACUAACUAUCAACUCGUCGACAUCAUUCGACCCAUAUGCCACCACCUCCUUUGAUGCUGCCCAGCUUCAAUCAUACUCUGACUUCUCACCCAUCUUUGACAACUUUGAGGACUUUGGCACCGACUUCAACUCGGACUCGGCAGCCUCCCCCAUCUCCCCCAUCUCUCCUGUUCUCUCCUCAAGCUCCUUCAGCUACCCCACUGCCGACCAGUGGGUUGACUGGGACAGGAUCGAGCACUCCCCAGAGCCCGAAGCUCUGUUCAAGACCAACCCCUUUGACGGGUCCAUCUUGACUAGCAACGCCACCAGCAACAACUACCUCCGCAACCCGUCACUAAGCCCCGCGGUCAACCCCAUGGCCACCGUCAUUGGCACCGAAGGCAUCGACAGCCAAGCGCCCCUCUUCCAAACGGCGCCCAUCAUGGUUGCCCCUCUCCCCUCCCAACAACGCCAGAUGGCUGCCUCCAUGGACGAUGCCUCCAAGAGGUACCCAUCCCGCAACCUUAAGCGCAAGACCUCAAUCCCGUCCGAGGACGACGAGCCCCUCCCCGCGUCCAAGCGGUCCUCCCCCCCACCAGCAGCCGCCCCUCGCCGGUCUUCCAAGGACAACUCCGCCGCCGGACCCAAGAAGACGGCCCACAACAUGAUCGAGAAGCGGUACCGCACCAACCUUAACGACAAGAUUUCGCAGCUCCGCGACGCCGUCCCAGCACUCCGCAUCGUGGCGCAGAGAAUGGAGAACCCCGGCGCCUACGAGGAGAAUGGCGCCGACGACAUGAUGGCGGACGAGAUCCUCGGCGGUCUCUCCCCAGCGGCCAAGCUCAACAAGGCCACCAUCUUGGCCAAAGCCACCGAGUACAUCAUGCAACUGGAGCGGAGAAACCUCGGACUGGAGACGGAGAACAAUGCGCUGAGGGGGAGAAUGGAGGGGUUGGAGAUGCUUUUGAUGAGCAGAGGCGGCCCUCAGCCACAGCAGCUUCCUGUUUGGAACUAG